CAGGUGCACAUUACAGGUGAUGUACGGCUCCACCCUCCUUCCAAGCUCUUAUUCAGCGGUCACAAUCUUUUCCACUUGUUCUAUUGUGAUACACUAACAGCUGUCUCACUCACUGGAACUGCACUAAGAUGUUGGCAACUCUUGAAAACAUUCAAUACUUCCAGGAUCUGGGCCCUAGAGAGCCGUCGUCAGGGAACCUGGACCUGGACAUGAUUGAGGAGUACCUGCAGGAGCACUCCGUGGAGGUGAUGUCAGCACCACGUGUGCAGAGGAGAGAUCAAGAGGAGCACGGUAUGGCAGAGAACAGCUGGUCUGGACAUUAUACAUAUGAAUGGCAUUAUGGUGAAGUGCCAGGAACAGAUGAGACGCAUGAACCACAGCCUCAGCAGCAGCAGCAGCAGCAGCAGACGUGGCUCUGUCAGUCCAGUCACAAUGAAUGGGGAUACUUCCAGUAUGACAGAAACCGGUACAGUGAUUCGGAUUCGCUGUCCACCAGUUCUGGUUGCCAAGAAUUUCCACCAUCUCCGACCUCUGACAUGAAGGGUCAAAUUGCGUAUGACUCCCUGGCUCUAGCACCGCUCUCAGGUAAAAGGAAAGAGCGGCUGUUUCAGUUCUUAUAUGAGAUGCUACAGACACCAGACAUGCGGAGCUGCAUUUGGUGGGUUCAGUCUAACAAUGGAACAUUCCAGUUUUCAUCCCAGAACAAGGAAAAGCUGGCUGAGAUGUGGGGCAGACGCAAGGGUAACCGGAAAACCAUGACGUACCAGAAAAUGGCUCGCGCCCUACGAAACUAUUCACGAACAGGAGAGAUCUGCAAAGUGAAGCGUAAACUCACCUAUCAGUUCACUGAGAGAACACUGAGAGGCCUUCAGAACAACUCGCAAAGAUUCAUGAGUCGUUAAUCUGGUUCACCAACCAAGAAUUUCUCCUAACUGGGAAAGUGUAAACGAAUACUGAGUAUUUUACAGAAAAUUAUUUUGCCUUUUAAUGUUCCAUAAUAUGGGCAUAAAAACACUGAUUUUCUAAUAUUAUUUGGCUUAAUUGAGGCUCUACUAAACUUGGGAAUUGUAUGUACACUAACAUGGAAUAACAUGAAAUUCUAAGAAGUUGAAGGUGAUCUUUGAAUAUUUUUUUAAUCUGAGGAUUGUUAACCAUUACACUACGUUGUAUGUAGUUACAAAUCAGUUUUUGUUGUCUCGAUACAAUAUUUGCCAUGUUUGUUGUGCUCAUUUCAAUGACUUUUUAAUAGCAUUAAAAUG